CAUAUUCAACUGGCUCUGCGCCACAGUCUGUAGCUAUUGGUGAUUUUAAUAACGACAGCCGACCGGAUAUCAUCGUUGCUAAUUUCAAUGACAACAAUGUAAGUGUACUACUUCGGUAUGAUAGAGGAGCUCUGAAAGACGAAAUCACAUUUGCAUCUGCCAAUGGUUCUCGUUUACAAAGCUUUGCUGUUUUUGAUUUCAAUAACGAUAGCCUACUAGAUAUCGCUGUUGUCAAUUAUGGUACUAAUAACAUAGGUAUUCUUCUUGGACAUGGGACUGGCACUUUUGAAAACCAAAUGAUGUUUUCAACGGGCUUAAAUUCUCAUCCUUACUCAAUGGCUAUCCAUGAUUUCAAUAAAGACGGUCAAGCGGAUAUAGCUGUGGCCAAUUAUGGUACUAAAAAUCUUGUUACAUUUAUGGGAAGUGGGAAUAGAACAUUUGAAAAUCAAGGACGUUACGGUAUAAAUUUUGAUUUUGCUCCACUGAUGAUUGGUGCUGGUAGUUUCAACAAAGAUGGGAGUUCAGAAAUUUUCGUUGCAUAUGAUGGCAUCGAUUAUGUAGAUAUGCUGGUUACAUACGACAUCGGAUCUUUCAGUAAUCACAUUGAGUAUUCAACUGGCAAUUGGCUCCAAUUUGUAGCUCUUGGCGAUUUUAAUAACGACACCCAACUGGAUAUCGUCAUCGCUAAUGACGGCGACAACACUGUAAGCGUACUUCUCGGAUAUGGAAAUGGUUCUUUCACUAAUCAAAAGACAUACUCAACUGGCUCUCAGCCAUGGUCUGUAGCUGUUGGCGAUUUUAAUAACGACACCAAUCUGGAUAUCGUCGUCGCUAAUCUUCAUGGCAGCACUGUAAGUGUACUUAUCGGAUAUGGCAAUGGCUCUUUUGCAAAUCAAACGACAUAUUCAACUGGCUCUGGCCCAAUUUCUGUAGCUGUUGGUGAUUUUAACAACGACACCAAUCUGGAUAUCGUCGUUGGUAAUUGGGGUGACAACACUGUAAGCAUCCUUCUUGGAUAUGCCGAUGGCUCGUUUGCAAAUCAGACGACAUAUUCAACUGGUUCUGAACCAUACUCUGUGGCUGUUGGUGAUUUUAACAACGACACCAAUCUGGAUAUCGUUGUUGCUAACUCUGGUGACAACACUGUAAGCAUCCUUCUUGGAUAUGGCAAUGGCUCCUUUGCAAAUCAAACGAAAUAUUCAACUGGCUCUGGCCCAAUUUCUGUAGCUGUUGGUGAUUUUAACAACGACACCCAUCUGGAUCUCGUCGUCGCUAAUGGUGAUGACAACACUAUAAGUGUACUUAUCGGAUAUGGCAAUGGCUCUUUUGCGAAUCAAACGAAAUAUUCAAUAGGCUCUGGGCCAAGUUCUGUAGCUAUUGAUGAUUUUAAUAAUGACAACCGACUGGAUAUCGUCGUCACUAAUUGGAAUGACAACACUAUGAGUGUCCUUCUUGGAUAUGGCAAUGGUGUUUUUGCAAAUCAAAUGAUCUAUUCAACUGGCACUAGUCCUUCAUCUGUAGCUGUUGGCGAUUUCAAUAAUGACACCCGAUUGGAUAUCGUCGUCACUAACCUGAAUGAAGAGAGUAUCAGUAUAUAUCUGGGAUAUCCUAAUGAAGGGUUUUUUAAGCAAAUGAGACUCAUAACUGGCAAUGGAUCUCGCCCUAAGUCAUUCGCCAUUGGAGAUUUUAACAAUGACAGUCAAAUGGAUAUAGCAGUGGCGAAUUCAGGCAAUAGCAACGUCGGUAUUUUCCUAAGAUAUGACAAUGGUUCUUUCGGAAAUCAAAUGGCAUAUGCAACUGAUUCCUCUCCGUGGUCAGUAGCCGUUGGUGAUUUCAACAACGAUACCAUACUUGAUAUUGUCGUCGCGAAUCUUGGCAGUGACAAUGUUGGUAUAUUUCUUGGAUGGGGUGAUGGCUCGUUUUCAAACCAGAAAACGUUCACAACCGGUUUUAGCUCUCAACCAAACGCGGUUGCUGUUGGCGAUUUCAACAAUGACACCUUGCUAGACAUUAUUGUUGCUAAGUAUGGCACAAACAACAUAGGUGUGUUGCUUGGUUAUGGGAAUGGCUUCUUCACAAGUGCCAAGCUUUUUUCGACCGGUUAUGGAUCUCUUCCGUUCUCGGUUUCUGUUGAUGAUUUAGACAACGAUGGAAAAUUGGAUUUCGUCGUCGCCAACGAAGGUGCUGACAAUUUAAACAUUUUUUUACAGACCUGUUAAUAUUGCCACCGCUGCCUUAAACUUUUUUUUCAUUGAUUCAUUAUUCCUAACUUCUACUUAGCGCUACUAAUAUUUCUUCUAACUAUUUUUGUGUGUGAGUAUAUGUUGAGAAUUGAAAUAUUUUACAUGAAGAUAAGAAAUAUCAAGUGAAGCUAUGACAAUACGUCUACAUUUGACAAAGAAUCUCGUCAGAUGUAUGACAUGAAUAUGCCAAGCACACGGUGAUGUGUUUCGCUCUUGCUUAAUGCUAUCAUCAUAAGAUUAGACAA